AUGAGACAAGGACAAAUAGGCAAAACUGAAGUAGGAUCAACUGGUCGUCUUGUAGUCAUUACGCCAGGUCCGACAACGAAGCUACCAGAAAAUCAUGAGCCACCAGAUCAAAAUAGUCAUACACCUUAUUGGGAUGAUACCGAAGGAUAUCAUGAUAUUCGUGCAAAGAUUAGUAGAAAUCGCGUAAACCUUACUGAGUCUUUAAAAUCGAGUGAAGAUUUUAAAUCGAAUCAUAAAGAAGGUAUACAGCGAAUGGCUAAGAUAGGAAAUAUUGAACUUGCAAAUUGGAAAGGUUCUGAGGAUGAUUUGAUUUUAUUUGAUUUUCGAGAGACCAAUUAUUUAGAAAAUAAUUUGGCCCGCCAAAAAAAUAUCACAUGGUUCUUAGUAGAAGAGACCUUAAAUGCUGGAGGCUAUCUUAAAGUUCUUGAGGAUUGUUUCUUAGAUGUCGUUGAUGAAGAUAUGAUUUUUCAACAUGAUAAUGCAUCUAUUCAUAAAGUUAUUCUUUUUUACAAAAGAUGGCUUAAUGAACGAAACUUGUUGAUUGACCUACACAUUCUCCAGAUUUGA